AUGGAAAGGCCUAAGCGUUCAGUUCGACUUCAACAGCUUGCUCAAGGACCUGUUGAGGACGAUAGUGUAGUUAUUCUAUCAAUCAUGGAUAAGGUUGUUAAUGCUGUCGACGUUAUUGAACGUUAUGACAAAACUGUGAACGACGUCCAGUCGGUUCUCCGCGGUGAACUCGACGUGCCAAUGAAAUUUGUGCUUCAAGAGGCUCAGUGGUUCCAAGAAGCUGAAAAAGCUCGCAAACUUUGUCCGAUCGGAUCCUCCUCGAAACGCUGCUACUCGUCAACGGAUGAAUCAGACGAAGAGGACACCGAUCCAAAAAAGGUUCGCAAUGAACAAUCUCUUCUGGAAAAGCAGAUGAUGAAGGCGAAAUCGCCGAAAAAGGGAACCGCCAAGUCAGACUCGAAGUCCAAAUCUCCAGGAAAAUCAACGUCGCAGAUGAAAGCUGCCGAGUUCAUCAAAAGUCCAACGGUCAAGGGCAAAAAGGAACGCUCGCCAGAAUUGAAACAUCUGGAUUCGAUCGUCGAGGAAGAAGAUGAUGAGGUACAAGAGGAGGCGGAGGAGGAAGCCGUUGAAGGGAAACCGGAAAUCGCUCAGCCACGUCAUUCGGUUUUCAUAUACUCCAAACUUCGCUACUCGUCAUCUGCUUCCGAGCUGGCUUCAAUUACCGAAGAGAACGAGGAUGAGGAUGCUACUGGUGCUAUCGAGCAUGAACAAGUUGCUGAGCAACCUAUUGCGUACCUCGCUGAGCAGCCAAUUGAACAAACACCCAAGUCUUCGGUGUACAGCGGACAUUCCAAUGCUCCAUAA